CAAGAUCUCACUUUUAGGGUAAACAAGAUUUAGUCAAUGUUUAACAUAGCUUUCUGCUUACAAUUUCUAUCAAUUUUAAGUGUAAAAUAAAAGCAUUUUAUGUUUUUAAAAUGGAAUGGAUGGAAUCUGUAGAAUGUCGAGAAAUCUACAAGAGAAUUUUGCCAGUCUUGUCCAAGAUAGGUGCUGAUGGAAGAGUGAAAACAAUGGACUUGCCAAUAACAGGAAUGUGGUCAGAGCUCCAAAGGGAAAACAGGUUCCCUAAAGGAGCUCUGACUGUGAACUGUGAGAAGGAGCUACAAGAACUUAUGAAACAGAUUGAUAAACUUGUGGCAGGAAAGAAGAAAGAAUGGGAAAGAGAGAAGGAGGGUCUUCAAUCAAGACUUGGAAUACGAGAAAAAGAAUGUCAGAUGUCAAAGUCAACUCUGGAACAGAAACAUCAAGAGAUAGGUCAGUUGAGACAGCAGUUGGAAGGUUCCGAGAAUAAACAACGAGAGUUAGUUAGCCAGUAUGAGUCACAGCUAUCAGUGCUUAAAACUGAGGUACAAAAUUUGCAGCGAGAAUAUGAACGUCUCCAUAAACGACACACAAAGCAGAAGAAAGAGUCGGAGAAAGAUAAAGAAAAAUCAAUGGUAGAAAUACAAGAUGGAAUGAAGGAAGUACACAGACUUGUUAAGAAAGUGGAGGAUUACAGACAAAGGUCUCGAGAUUGGGAGAUUGACAGAAGAGCUCUUCAGAAACAGGUCGAGUCACUGGAGGCCCAGAGGAAAGCUAUAGCAGAUAAAUGUGAAUUUGUACAGGGUGAGUUUAAUGAAUUGGAAAAACAGCGUCAAUCUUUGAUGGAAAAAUGUGAAAGGGUGAAGCAACAAGCACAGACUUACCAAACACAGCUUGAUAAGAGGCGGGAAAUUUUGGAUAGCACAGAGUUUAGUCUCAACUCACAAAUUGCACAACUAGAAGCAAAACUAAAUACUACUGCUGAAUCACUUAAUAUGCAGAAUUCAAAGGUUGAUAAGUUGAAGGCAUCUUUAGAUGAAGCUAUGACAUCACACAAGAAAGCUAUGGAUGAUAAUGAACGUCUGCUGAACGACCUGAAAAAGGCGAACAAUCAAGUCCGGAAACUUGAAGAGUUGAAUUCCGAGUUUCAAGCAGAGCUGCGAGCAAGAGAUGAUUUCUUACGUAUGUCCGAGGAGGACAGUAAACAACAUGCCAAAGAUAUUGCCUUACUUAACAAACAGAUCUCUGAGAAAGAUGACAUCAUUAGGAGUUUAAGUGAUACAAAAGCUCGCACUGAAGAUGAACAGAUUUCUAUGUUACGAAAAAACCUGACUGAUACUGAAGACCAGGCGAGGUUAAGUAAACGUAACGAGGAGUUGUUAUCACAGGAGAAUCACCAGUUAAGUGAAGAGUUGACCAUGAAGAGAGACGACUGUGAUGGUCUCAACAGAAAACUUGACCAGAAGGAAAUUCUGUCAUAUGAGGCAUCCACCAGACAAUAUACCAGGUGCAUUCCGAUCUAUGUGGAGAUAGGAAAUAUGAAAUCUGACAUCCUGAGGUUGGAGGAUGAACUGUCUCAAGUAAAGUCACAGUUGACUCAGGCACAGGCAAAGCUAAGUUCAUUAAGUGCAAGUCAUGAGGCUGAAGUGAAUGGAAUGAAGGAUCAACUUGCCAGGGUUACAGAAGAGCUACAUGGUAACUCCAAUAACUUCUUGGGUCUUAAAGAAAAAUCAGGUAAUCUGGAAAGAAAACUGAAGACUGAGGAAGAGGAAGUGAAAAAAAGAGAUGCUGAACUUAAGGUAGCUAAUGCACAGAUAGAUGCACUAAGAUUAGAGAAUCGUCAUCUUCGACAGACAAUUAUACAGCAAACACAAGUGAACCUUGACCACACCGAGACUGAAACUCAGCUUAGAGAAAUACAAGACCAGUAUCACAGUAAAAUGAAAGCUCUCGAGAAGGAGAAUAGGUCACUGAAGGACGAGGUCAGCAUAUUACAACAAGAUGUCUCCACCAUGGAGGACCAGUACGACCAGCAGUUACAACGUACAGUACACGAAACUGAACUAUCACAUGCUGAGGAGAUGACCCGAGAACAAAGGAGAAUACAUGAGAUAGAAGAAGACUCAGAUAGACGGGUAAGCAUGUUACAGGAUAGACUGGACUCAACUAUAAAUCGUUACGAGGAGCAGUUACAGUUGCUACGGAGACAGAAGACACGCCUAGAAGAUGAUCUUGAAAAUGAAAGAAGAGCUGGCUCUUCAUUUCGACGAGAUAACAUUGUGAUAGAAGAAGAUGACGACGGUGUUAUGUAUAUAAAUGAAGACAUGUCUCUUGCUGAUUCUGAAAAUGAACUUAUGUAUGAGAUGCCAGCUAUUGGGGAAUCGGCGUCGGAGAAAUUUCUCGUACAGGAGCAGGAACGUACGCGACAGCUUGAGAGUAUUAUAGAUAGCCAUAUAGAAUCUCUGAAAUCUAACUCCGAAACAGCCAUUAAAAAACACAAACGAUAGCAUGAUUAUUGUUACUGUAGUUUUAUUUAUAGAGUGAACAAAUUCUGUGAUAGUUUAUAUUAUACACUGGUAUUUUUUCAGUUACUCAUUGUUGUAAAAACAAAAAGGUAUUAUGUUUUAGAAGAUUAAAUGCUACUGGGGUUGUCAGAACAAUAAAUGUUUAUUUUUUAUAAAAGUUAUACCAAAUUACCUAAACUGAAAGAGUGAUGAUUGUAAACUUAUGAUAAAGCGACUAAAAGCGGGCAGGUUAUGUUAUAUCCUUAUAAAAUCUAAACCUUAUAAAAUCAGAAGAUAGAUAAAUAUGUAAGGAAAUAUUUUAGUCUCUUUCAUAUAGCAUGUCACUUCAAGCUUUUGUGUCAGUUUAACAGAUUCAGUACCCUAAAUGAAAACAAGAGCGAUCAGUGAUCACAUGUGUCGCCUCAUGAUGGCCAAUUUCAUGUUGGGACAAGUUUUGUGACAGACGGAGAAGUGAUCGGAGUAGUGGCGACAUGAAUUCCUGUAAAGUUAGGAUGAAAUUGCCCCAGUAGUUUAUGAGGAGUAGUGGGGACAAGUUUUGUGACAGACGGACAGACAGACAGUGCACAACUAGACUUGUUACUGAUCAUUCCUGUAAAGUUUGGAUAAAAUUGCACCAGUAGUUCAUGAGGAGUAGUCCGGACAAGCUUUUGUGUAUCUGGCAACACACAGAAAAAAACAACCUUUUUAUCAAAGGGCCAUAACUUAGCCAAAAAUCAAUUAACCGGAAAACCCGUGCAAUAUGCGCAAGGACUUGAGCUACAGAUCAAUCCUGUAAAGUUUCAUUGAAAUUGCAUUAGUGGUAUAAGAGAAGUAGUCAGGACAAACUUUAAAAAUAAAAAUUAUUAAAGGGCCAUAACUCUUACAAAAAUCAUUGAACCGGAAAAUGCUGACAAUAUGCACAACUAGACUUGGUACUGAUCAUUCCUGUAAAGUUUGGAUGAAAUUGCACAAGUAGUUUAUGAGGAGUAGUCUGGACAAGUUUUGUGACGGACGGACAGACAGACGACAGAAACGUGAUCCCUAUAUGUCGCCACUACUCCGUAUAGGUGACACAAAAAAAAACAAAAAAAAAUUUUAUUGGAUAUAAACUUUCGCAUAUGUUUAUGAAAUUUAAUUGUUUUUCUUGGUCAAAUAGUUAUUACUGUUAAAAGUUACAACUGUUUUAUAAAGAGAUCGAUGAUGUUUAGAAUAUUUUGAGCUUGAUAUAUACGAUAAUUAGGAACUAGAAAUACUGUAUAAUGACAAUCGGAAUGGAGACCGUUUCAAUGAAUUGUUCAUACAGCAAUUUAACUGUUGACUGCAAAACUGUAGUAACUUAUAUGGAAUAAAUAAGGACUUACAACAGUUUUGCAAUCAAUCCUUGAUUUGUCUCUUCUUUUAUUGAAUUGUGCUAUUUUUUAUUUCAUGGAUUGUAAAUUUUUGUUUAUUAAGCAUUUUUUUUGUGCUGAAGAUUUUUUUUUGAUAGUUGAACAUAUUAUAAAACCUUCAGUAAUACAUAAUGAUCAUAAAACAAGUACCUGCGUGUUGUGAUAACCAUAUUUUUUUUUACUUAACCUUUAAUUUCUUAAAUGGACUUGUCCAGCUUCCAUUUAUGGAACUGUACAUUCCCAAUUUGGGGAUAUCAAGAUGAAGUAGUUAUUAGCCAGCCAACAAUAUAGAGCCUGGACAGACUGUAUGGGAGGUACAGACUGUCCUGGCUUUAUACUGGUGGCAAAGGUUGAUCACUUUCAUUUCAAGCAGGUUAAAGGUUUAACUUUAAACAUAUUUAUUUUAGCUUGAUUGCAAAACAAGGUUUUGCAACAUAUAUUGAUCAUUUUCGAGUUUGCUUCCUGGAGCCAACCAGUACUGGUGUCAUAUGAGCAAUCAUGUUUUUGACCCCAC